GCGGUGUGAGAGAAAGAAGCGAUCAUUUCGUCAGAGAACAACAACCUGAGCCGUGUCGAGCAUGGCGUGACGACGCUCGCAUUUAUUUAUUUAUACUGUAUAUACAAAAGUUCCUACAUUCUUGUACAGCCACUUGCAUGCAUAGCAUUUCGGAUCUAAAGCCAUAGUAAUGAAUCAAGUCCAAAAGUAUUUCCUUACUGAAACCAUCCUGUAAAUUUCAUGUACAGUAUAAUAAAGAAGAAACCUUCACAUAAAUUGGUUGCAGUACAUUAUUGGGUUAAUUGAAGAUGUCGGAAAACGAAGAACAUGAUUGUCCAGGGAAACGACCACAGUUUGGGACCAGAUUCUUGAAAGACAAGAAAAAUGUAUUUGAACAUAAUGCCUGAUCUUCGACAUCUUAUUGGCCCAAUGAGUAAGCUUUUAAGAGUGUGGAGUAAUGGAACUUACCUCUUGGGGCGGUGUUUGACCAGCAAAACAAAUGGACGACGUCGGCCACAGGGGGGAGGGAGGGAACUGAAGGAUUGGAAAAUGGUUUUCAAGUAUAACAAUUGGGAUAAUGUUGUUUGGGAUGAAAAUCAAGAGGCCAUUGCUAAGUCAAAGGUACUGGAGAACUCUGAAGUGACACUGAGUGCUGAAGAUAUUCAGAGGCUAGAACAGGAUGCAGCUGACCAGUGGGAUAAUUUUUACAGUGUUCAUCAAAAUAGGUUCUUCAAAGAUCGACACUGGCUCUUCACAGAAUUUCCGGAAUUAGCACCACACUUGGCUCAUACUUUUCCAGUGAAGCUUAACUCUUCGGAGGCAUUAGACUCGAAUUUACAAAUUAUACAAGAUGAACAUGCUGUUGACUAUCAUCAGCUAGCAUGUGCAGAUAAAGAUUCUGAAACACUGAUGAUGAAAAAAGAUGGCAGUGAGAAGUGUGACUCUGUGGAAAUAGAGAAUUUAGCUGAGAAAAAACUACACUUAACUGAGCCUACUGAAACCUUGCACUGUAAUGAUGAAGAUGAUACAAGAAGUGAAUGUAAGGAUAUAAAUAUUGUUAAUACAAAUGCAGUGGCAGAGGAAAUUUACCCAGGAGAAAAAGCUAAAUUCCGCAUUCUUGAAGUGGGAUGUGGUGUUGGUAACACAGUCUUUCCCAUUCUCAAAACUAACAAUAAUAAAGAUCUGUUUCUCUACUGCUGUGAUUUCUCCAGUACAGCUAUUAACCUUGUUAAAGAGUCUCCAGAUUAUAAAGACAACAGAUGUUAUGCUUUUGUAUGUGAUGUGACGAGUGAAGACUGGCAGACACCCUUCCCUAAAGCUAGUUUAGAUGUUAUUGUCUGUAUAUUUGUCCUCUCUGCACUUGUUCCUGACAAAUUAGAGCAGGUUGUGAGAAAGAUGGCAGAGUACAUCCGUCCUGGAGGUAUUCUACUAUUUCGUGAUUAUGGUCGCUAUGACUUGGCACAACUUCGAUUUAAGAAGGGAAGAUGUCUCUCUAAUAAUUUUUAUGUUCGUGGUGAUGGAACAAGAUGUUACUUCUUUACUCAAGAAGAAGUUCGAGAUCUCAUGACUGGAGCAGGAUUGGAGGAAGUGCAAAACCUAGUAGAUCGCCGCCUGCAAGUUAACAGAGGAAAGCAGCUUAUCAUGUAUAGAGUGUGGGUUCAAGCCAAGUAUCGCAAACCAGUUAUUGUUAACCAGCCCAUUACAUAGAAUAUAAGGUGUUGGCUUAUCUGUUUAUAAGUUAACUAUAUAGCUGAUAGAUAUGAUCCAAGUCAGCUGACUAAAUGCUGUAUAUAACAAGGGUUCUUAUUAAAGGAAGAAACUGUGCACAGAUUUCAAUUGCUGAAUGUAUAUUAUUACCAUUUGACUAUCUUCCAUGCAUUUAAAGCACCAGUAUUCAAAACAUUGUGAUAGCUAGGAAACCAAUUGGCCUUUAUCACCACAUAGAUAUCAAGGGAAGUAAAAUGGGUAUCCUUCGCUCGUUUCAAAAGUUUGGGACAAGAAGACAUAAAAUACCAGAGACAUGGAAACUAAGGCAUCUCUGCAGGGUCCUUUAACCCUCAGAAUGCAGAUAUCAAAAUUGAUUGUGUGCAAAUAAUUACAAUUAUUAUUUUACUAGGUUUUUCUUAACACAAGCUGCCAGCUUCCUGUCCUCAUCGAGGCCACUAGGGUUAGUGGCCCUUGGGUAAAUAAGGUUAACUUAGAGAAAACUAAUUCAUUGUUUAAGGAGAUUAUUUGGGGAGGCUAAUGUAACAGCUGAAACAAGUUCAUUAAUGAACUAUUUGUGCAGUUCAUUAAUGAACUGUGUCCCUUUAGUGUUAUAACGAACUGUCUAUACGGAGGGUGGGUUGAUUUAACUCUUAAGUAAGAAAAUUGUUUUCUAAUGUGAAAGAAUUUUAAAUAAUUUACAUGUACCAAUGCAAAUUUAAAUGUAAUAUUUUGUCAUAAGUUUCAUUAUAAUUUUACCAGUGUCAUAAUAAAUAAUUUACUGUG